AUGGCUAGGUCGGCGGUGCUGUCGAUGUGCGUGGUGCUUGUAAUGGUGGUGGGAGGGGGUGCGAUGCCCCAAAAGUUGAUCUGUAGUGCUAAGUUGUAUAUGCUUGCGCCCUGCGAUCCAGUCAUCAAAGAAGUACCUUGGAGUGCACCUUCGACGCUGUGCUGCUCGAACCUCCGGGCGCAGGAGGAGGAGGGCUGCAUCUGCCCGUACUUGCAGGAUCCGGUGUACUACGGCUACAUCAAUCGCCCCAACUUGCUCAAGACACUCGCCUCAUGUGGCCUCUUUAUUCCGCCAGCAUGUCCAACUACAUACUAG